AUGGCUACAGAAGAAAUCAAGAAAACACUCACUGAGCUCAAUGUCUCUUUACAAUCUGCUCUCAAGGUCCUUUCAGGUGACCUGCGAGCCGAGUUGAUGGCAAGCCUACACGAUCCAAAUGAGCUGCCAGACAGGUCCCUCUAUGAUCUAUCCGCACAAGCGGUCAACCAAUUGCAGGAAACAAAACAGCUUCUUGAACCACGAACAGUCAUCUUAGCAGACCACUUUUUGGUUGAACUUGAUAUUCCUGAUAUUCUACGGCGAAAAGGAGCAGUCAAUAUCUCAGAGCUUGCGCGGGCUAGCGGCGCCCGUGAAGAUAGGCUGAAGCAAAUUAUGCGUGUGUUAUACAGCGCUGGUAUUUUUUCCUAUGACCCGAGCACAAGGUUGUACACGAACAACGAAUGUUCAACUCUCUUGCUCAGGGAUCACUGGACUGGCUGGAGGAACUGGGUCGACCUGUACGGUAAUGAAUUUUACGAUAUGGCCCGCGGGAUCCCACGGUCCUGUCGAGAAGGAGAGAAAAGGAUGGCUUCCCAAAUCAACUUUGAUACAGAUCUGGAUAUGUUCUCUUGGUUUGCUGCCCAAGGGUCUCUGGACCGGGUUCACAAGACCUUGGGUGGCGGAGCUGUUGCUCAGGCUCCUGGAAUACUCGCAGACUAUCCUUGGGAAGAAGUUGCGGACAAGCUUAUUGUGGACAUUGGUGGUGGAGGAGGCGGACUCAUCUCGCUUUUGCUUCGUAAAUUCCCAAACUUACGAGGCGGUAUACUCGAUCGAGCCGAAGUGAUCGACCAGGCGAUCACUAACUUUUGCACCGCCAAUGGGAUGUACCAUGACGUUGGGGAUCGGGUGAGUAGGGAGAAUCUUCACGCUGGCGACUUCUUCAAGGAAAUUCCCAGUUACGAAGUAUACUGUAUGAAAUGGUGUCUUCACGAUUGGCACGACGAGGACGUUGUUAGGAUUUUGAAGAAUAUCCGCAAAGCCAUCAUCCCGGGUCCUAAGUCAAGACUAGUUCUAUUGGAAAUACUGCUGAAGGAGGGCCGCGCUGGGCAUCUGUCCCGUAUGGCGGAUAUGUCGGUCAUGAUGGCGGCGAACGGACUGGAAAGAGAAGAGUGGGAGUGGGAUUCUCUUGCUGCUCAGAGUGGCUGGAGAAUAGCGUGCAAAUACGAUCUUCGAAAUGCGUGGCCGUGUGCAAUGGAGUUGCUACCUGUCUAG